AUGAGCAUCUUUCAGAAUAAUUUCAUCUCUUAUGAUCAUUCGUACUACGAUGAUACAUCUCUUCUCCUACAACUUACUGAUAAAGAUUUGUGUUCAUUUUCUAGAGAUAGUUUUGAGGAUGUAGUCGAAUUGGAUUUGCCAAAUCCAUUUCAAGAUGAGCACCCUUCUUUUUGGGUUUUGGAUUCUGGUAGUAUUACCGGAAUUCUUUGUCUCUACAAUAGUGAUAAAAGAUUUGUAUUAUGUAAUUCAACAAAAGAGGAAUUCAAGAUCAUCCCUCGAAGCCCUCUUGAGCCUGUAUCAUCUUAUGUUAGAAAUCACGUUAUUCCACUUGGAUUUGUUUAUGACCAUGUUAAAAAUGAUUAUAACUUGAUUACAGGUGCAUGUUUCAAUCAUGGGCAUUACCAAUAUUAUGGAGGUCCUAGUUGGGUUUGUCACCCAUGA